UUAUCUGCACUUAGUAUAUAUAUGUGUGCAUAUUGUAUAUGAUCAUACAUGUUAUAACAAACGACAAACAGUGAACAGUGAAUUUAUUAUCUUUUGGCAUUGACAUAUGCCGAUGAUCACAGUAUAUGUGUUGGAAUAUUCAUAAAUAAUUAACAAGUACAUAAGUACGUGCUUUAUCUAUUUUUCUUUAUUUUUAUUUAAAUUCAAUAGUUAUAGUCCUUGGAUUAUGUCUAUUAAAUAUACAACCCGGGUAGCAGUCAUUAGUUCAUUACGACCGCGUAAAAAAUAAAGAUUAUUAGGAUGACGUGAGUAGAAUGAUAGCGUGUUUAUGUGAAUAUGUUGGAUAAGCGGCGGCUUCAUGGCCACGUGUCGCCGCCAGGUUACUUACUCUUCGUGGUUGCCUUGCUUUUAAUGGGAUUUUUAUCAUUUUGGAUGUUGAUAAUUGGAAGUCCUGAGUCAACGUUGUUAACUGGUGAAGUGACAGUUCCUGGAUACGUUUUACUGGUUCCUGAUAAUGUUUCAACAAUAUCUGUACCAUAUACAUUAAACGAUCUGCCGUCCAGCGAUGAAUCGACGCUGAUUGAUAUUAAAAAUUUUAAAUUUAUCUUAAAUCAUGAUCCGUGUAAUAAAACACAGCCGUUGCUGUUGAUGCUGAUACAUUCAGCACCUGGUAAUUUUGCUAAACGCAAUGUUGUGCGUAAUACUUGGGGUAAACAAACACCUGAAGUCGUAGUGUUGUUUCUUGUUGGAUCAACACUUGAUCAUCAGGGAGAUCUUUAUAAGGAAAAUAACAAGUAUCAAGAUAUUAUACAAGGAAAUUUUAUUGAUGCAUACAGAAAUAUGACUUACAAACAUGUCAUGGCUUUAAAAUGGGCUACUUAUUAUUGUCCAAGUGCUAAAUAUAUAUUGAAAUUAGACGAUGAUGUUUUUGUACAUACACCCGCGAUGAUAGACUUUUUAAAACACGGUCUUUCACCAUGGGGUGCAAGACGUUUGAUACUGUGUGAUCCAUUGUCGACGGGUACUGUAAAAAGGUCAUGGCGUUCUAAAUGGCGCGUAUCACCACAAGAAUAUCCUGGUAGACGGUAUCCAGCUUAUUGUGCAGGUUGGGCUAUUUUAUAUUCACCUGAUAGUGUAUUUCUAUUGUAUAAAGAAGCUCAAAAAGAACCAUAUUUUUGGAUUGAUGAUGUCCAUAUUACGGGAACAGUUGCUAGAAAAGUUAAUUUAACUCAUAGUUCAUUACAUUCAUUAGUAUUAAAGAAUGGAGAUAUGGAAGAGUUAUUGAGUAAUCCAAAUAUACAUCGUGAAUUUUUAUUUGGACCGCCCAAUUUAGCUGAAAACCAUAUUAAGGCAUUACACCAUUUGAGUCAUUCAAAUAAAAUUUUGCAAUUAUAAUAAUUGAUAAUUUAUUAUUAUUAUUAUUAUUAUCAUAAAAAUUAAUUUAAUAGACAAAAAAACACAAAUACAAUAUUUACAGGAAACCUCGAGUAUACGACAGGAAAAUUUUUUUUUCCUCCUUUUAAGUAUACCAAAGUUGGAAAUAUUUUUUUAAGUAAAACUUUAAAACUUAAAAUUUUUUUAUUGGCUAUUUAAUUAUUUUUAAUAAAAAAACAAAAAAUACACAAAAUUAUUGGUGCCAUUAAACUCAAUAUCCGGAGACAUGAUUAUGAAAUCCUUGAGUAAAUAUUUUUAAAUAAAAUAUCCUGAUUAAAAAUUUUUUAUACCUAAAAUUAUUAAAUAUUUUGGAGCCAUAAUUAUAAAGACUUUGUAUUAAUUUUAUAAAUUAUUUUUUUAAUCAUAAAGAUAAGCAUUCCAUAUAUUGUAUAAUGAUAAUUUUAUUAAUUAUUUUUUUUUUCAACAAUAUGUUUGCGGGCAUAUUUUUAACAAGGAUUCUAUAGUCAUGUUACUAUAUUUUCUGCCCAGUGAGUAUAAUAACUGGGUACUAAAUAUGAAAUAAAUGAACUAAAACAUUUUUUAAUUUAAUUGCAACAAUUGUUUUUUUGAAUUUUGGUUUAAAUAUUUUAAAUCUUAGAUAAGUUUAAAGAGAAAUAAAUAUAAAUAAAUAAUAAUGAAAUAAAAUGAUUAGUAAAACUUGAAAAUUGUCAAAUAAACAUAUCAGCGAAAUAUUGAUUCAUUAUUAAUAAAUAAUAACUUAAAAAAUAUUUCAAAGUGAAAGUUAUAAUUGACAAUGAUCAAGUUUAACUAUUUCAUAUUUAGAUAAAACAAUUUAGUAAAUAGAAUUAUAUUAAAUGAUACAAAUUUAAGUAUCAUUAAUUGCCAAAAUAACAGACAUUAGAACCAAAAAUGUGUAAAGAAAAAUAUAAGAAAAAAACAAGAAAACACAAAAAUUGUAAAUAUUUUAUGAAGAUGAGAAGGAUAAUAUUUAAAAAAUGGUCGAGCAUUUGAAUUUAAAAAAUUAAAAUUAACUAAAAUAAUAAAAUUAAUGAAAUUUUAUGGAUAUUAAUUAUUAUGAAUUAUAAUUGUGAUGUUAUGUAAUUAUUCAACAAUUACAUAUAUUUACAAUGACAA